GACGAAAUGGGUCAGCAAUCGAAAGGUUAUCGCGCUUCUACCUGACAACGAAAUGAAGGUUCACGGAAUAAGAUAUUCGACUGCGGACGAUUGUGUUACAACUGCGCCUGGUUUAAACUGGAACGUCACCCAGGACCAUCUAACUUUUAUGCUGGAAGGUUUUAAGAAAACUUUGACCCGAAGAGCCAUCCUCCCGUUUGCAGCUCCCGUUUACGAUCUCGGCUUCAUUGCUCCCGUGCUACUUCCGGCAAAGCCACAGUUACAGAGUUUCGUAAAAAGAAAGCUGGAAUGGGAUGAGCCUCUUCCCGCAGAAGAUCAGCAAGUUUGGAGCAGAAGAAGGAGACAGGUAAGACAUGUGUUUGAUAUGUUUUGCCGUAGGCGGAUUAGAGUACAUCCACAAAUGCUGCAGAAUAGACAGAAGUGGUUAACUGAAAUCAGCGAUCUUAGGCAGGGCGAGUUAGUUUUAGUUUGUGAUAUACGCACAUCAAGAGGUCUGUGGCCUAAGGGUGUUGUGGAGAAAGUUAUCAAGAGCAAAAGCCAACUGGUUCGACAAGCACUGGUGAGGACACGCAAAGGCAUAUUGCGAAGAGACGUCAGACAGCUGUGCCUACUAGAAGCAUACCAGGAAGAAGAGAAUGAUGCCGUGGAAGCCAUCGUCCGGGAUAGGAAACCGCCGGGGGAGUGUAAAGUCC